AUGCAAGACGAGAGCUACAAGGCGAAGGCGGAUUCUGCGCUUCCGGGACUUCGUGUGUGCCAGGGCAACCUCACUGCGCUGAGCCAGUACAACGACGGCAACUACUACCCCGAGCUGAUGGGCAAGGAGGAGCUGAUCGUAGGCAAGAUCAGCGCGUACUGGCAGAAGGUCAAGCACCAGGUCAAGUACCAGGCCUGCAUCGUCGACUUUGUGCUCGUCAACAACAUGCAGGACGUCUAUAUCGUCGAGAUCAACCCCUUUGUACACCUGCCGCCGCUGAUUCCAUCCCGUCCCGGCCGGUCCGGCGGCGCCUUGUUCGAUUGGGGCACCGAGCGGCCACUCCUGCAGGGCGACUACGAUGUGUGGGGCGACCUUAACGAGUACCAGCGCAAGCAGAAGUCGCUUUACGGGCUGGGCGAAGCCGAUGAUGGAGAAGACGGAGAACGCGAAGAGAACGAGGCGCCGGAGUACCACCACCGCCACCACGACGACCACGACGGAGAGCCACGGCCGCCAGUGCUGCGGCUGGUGCACCACGUGCCGUCGUAUCCGACCGACGACUACCUCAUGACAUUCCAUUCUCGACCUCAUCGGCAAGUGGCAGCAGCCGGCACCUCGAGCGCCGGCGCAUAG